GUGUCAUCCAUCAUGGUAGCAUCGCUGACAUCGAUCGCGGCCUUGCUCGCCCUUGUCUGGCCCGCCUCGGCGUUUGUCAAGCCAAAUGUUGGCAGCUCUCUCCAGGCGAGGACCAGGGGUGUGAGGGACGCCGCUCCUGCAUCGGCCCCUCGACUGUCGAUGGCCGCUGGGCCCACGGUGGAAAACGUGGCAGCUGUUGUCCUUGCCGGAGGCGUCGGCAAGCGGAUGGAGGCAGGCAUGCCGAAGCAAUUCCUGGAGCUGCAAGGGGAGACCGUGUUGGAGCACAGCCUCAAGCUCUUCCUCAGGCUCAAGGGAGUGUCACAGCUUAUCCUCGUCCUGGAUGAGCAGUACCGCCCGAUGCUGCAGGAUCUUCAGAAGCGAGAAGGGAGGCUGGUAUUCGCAGACCCGGGAUUGGAACGGCAGCACUCUGUGUACAACGCCCUCCAGAAAGUCGAGGACGGUUCUUCCCUAGUGUGCAUCCACGAUGCGGCGCGACCUUUGGUAACCAAGGCAGCGGUAAAAAAGGUGAUCGCAGAUGCCGAUGAGUACGGCGCAGCGGUCCUAGGAGUGCCGAUGAAGGCUACCGUCAAGGAGAGCGCCGACGGGCAGUUCGUGCAGCGGACCAUCGAUCGAUCCCGCCUGUGGGACAUCCAAACCCCCCAGGUGGUGAAACCUGACCUCCUUCGACGGGGGUUCGACAAGGUUAUGAGCGAACGGUGGGAGGUGACCGAUGACGUGUCCAUCGUGGAGCAGCUCGGGUUGCCGGUGAAGCUUACCGAGGGAGACUACACCAACCUAAAGCUCACCACCCCUGAGGACCUGGUGGUCGCCUCCCGCAUCCUCGAGGCCCGACGAUUAUACGAAGCCGAGCACGGCACGGGGGACGACGACGACGAUGAAGACGAAGAGGAGGGCAGGGAGAGCAUCUCCCAGAUCCGCGCCAACGAGAGGUGGACCAACCAGCCGCGCCCCAUCGGAAGCGCCCCGGAGGACGAGAAGGAGAGCAUCUCGCAGAUCCGGGCGAAUGAGAAGUGGGUGGAAGGGUCUCCCGGUUCGGCGAAUAGCUACGACGAGCCCAUGGUGAAUCUCUCCAAGAUGCGGGCUAACAGUUAG